GCAGACACUGAUGUUCACUAUUUCAAGAAAUCUUAUGUGGAAGUACGAUGCUCCAUAAGCCAGAGGAAGGAAGGAUCCUGGCACAUAGGGCCUGAGUGUUGGCAAUGACAUUGAUAAGAGGCUGGCAUUUUUAACCACAGCUGUUCUAACCAACUACUGUAUAAUCUGUCCCGGAGUCAGACACUCAAAAUUUACUGUAUGUGAAUAGAAACUAUGCAUAUUUGUGGGUCAGCAGAGCCAAAGAACAAGAGCUAUGGCAGUUGAAAUGGUCUGUGUGGUUCCAAGGUAUUUUUCCUGGGUUUCAUCAUCAGGGACCUCCUCCCUUUCCUGUCAGCAACAGUGUGGCGCCUUUUGUUUGAUGAAGAUUAAGGACAUGUUCUUUGGUCAACAAGCGGAGCUUAAAAUCUACCAGAAUAGGGUCAGAGACUGUUUCAGUCACAGCUAAGGAAAAUGAAAUUUCCAUUUUACUUGGUGCCUUGUACAGGGAGCACACUAACUCUUCUGGAAACAUCUGAGUGAAGAGGUGGAACUUCGCUGAAUCACAACUCAUGGUGAUGGCGAGUGAUCCGACGUGAUCAGAGAGGGCAAGAGCCACAGAGAACUCAUGACGGGCUAUGCCAUGUUGCGGAGUGGGGGUGUGGGGAAUGGAGGUCAAACCUGUAUGUUACGCUGGUCCAACCGCAUCCGGCUUACAUGGCUCAGUUUUACGCUUUUUAUCAUCCUGGUUUUCUUUCCCCUGAUUGCUCACUAUUAUCUCACCACUCUGGAUGAGGCAGAUGAGGCAGGCAAGCGGAUUUUUGGCCCCCGGGCUGGCAGUGAGCUGUGCGAGGUAAAACAUGUGCUGGAUCUCUGCCGCAUUCGUGAGUCUGUGAGCGAGGAACUCUUACAGCUGGAAGCGAAGAGGCAGGAGCUCAACAGUGAGAUCGCCAGGCUGAACCUGAAGAUCGAAGCCUGUAAGAAAAGCAUUGAGAAUGCCAAGCAGGACUUGCUGCAGCUCAAGAAUGUCAUCAGUCAGACGGAGCACUCUUACAAAGAGCUGAUGGCCCAGAAUCAGCCCAAACUCUCUCUGCCAAUCCGAUUGCUCCCUGAGAAGGACGAUGCUGGUCUUCCUCCUCCAAAGGCCACAUGGGGUUGCCGGUUGCAUAAUUGUUUCGAUUAUUCUCGUUGUCCUCUUACUUCUGGUUUUCCAGUGUAUGUUUAUGACAGUGAUCAGUUUGCUUUUGGCAGCUACUUAGACCCCUUGGUCAAGCAGGCUUUUCAGGCAACCACACGCACCAACAUCUAUGUUACAGAGAAUGCAGACAUUGCUUGCCUGUAUGUGAUUUUAGUGGGAGAAAUGCAGGAGCCAGUAGUGCUGCGGCCUGCUGACCUUGAGAAGCAGUUGCAUUCUCUACCACACUGGCGGACAGAUGGACACAACCACGUCAUCAUCAAUCUGUCCCGGAAGUCAGACACCCAGAAUUUACUGUACAAUGUCAGUACAGGCCGUGCCAUGGUGGCCCAGUCCACUUUCUAUGCUGCCCAGUUCAGGGCUGGCUUUGACUUGGUAGUCUCUCCCCUAGUCCAUGCCAUGUCAGAACCCAACUUCAUGGAAAUCCCGCCACAGGUGCCAGUGAAGCGGAAGUAUCUCUUCACCUUCCAGGGUGAGAAGAUUGAAUCCUUGAGAUCCAGCCUUCAGGAGGCCCGCUCCUUUGAAGAAGAAAUGGAGGGUGACCCCCCUGCUGACUAUGAUGAUCGGAUCAUUGCCACCCUCAAGGCGGUACAGGACAGCAAGCUGGAUCAGGUCUUGGUAGAAUUUACCUGCAAAAACCAGCCAAAGCGGAGUCUGCCUACCGAGUGGGCGCUGUGUGGGGAGCGGGAGGACCGCCUAGAAUUGCUGAAGCUUUCCACCUUUGCCCUCAUCAUCACUCCUGGGGAUCCCCACCUGGUUAUGUCAUCUGGGUGUGCCACACGGCUCUUUGAAGCCCUGGAGGUUGGCGCUGUCCCGGUUGUGCUGGGGGAGCAGGUGCAGCUUCCAUACCAGGACAUGCUGCAGUGGAAUGAGGCGGCCCUGGUGGUGCCCAAGCCGCGUGUUACCGAGGUUCACUUCUUGUUACGGAGUCUGUCUGACAGUGAUCUUCUGGCCAUGAGGCGGCAAGGCCGCUUUCUCUGGGAGACUUACUUUUCCACCACUGACAGUAUUUUUAAUACCAUGCUGGCUAUGAUUAGGACUCGCAUACAGAUCCCAGCUGCUCCCAUACGGGAAGAGGUAGCAGCUGAGAUUCCCCAUCGUUCAGGCAAGGCUGCUGGAACUGACCCCAACAUGGCUGACAAUGGGGACCUGGACCUGGGCCCGGUAGAGACAGAGCCGCCCUACGCCUCACCCAAAUACCUCCGCAACUUCACACUCACUGUCACUGACUUCUACCGCAGCUGGAACUCUGCUCCCGGGCCUUUCCAUCUUUUUCCCCACACACCCUUUGACCCUGUGUUGCCCUCAGAGGCCAAGUUCUUGGGCUCAGGGACUGGAUUUCGGCCUAUCGGUGGCGGAGCUGGGGGGUCUGGCAAGGAGUUUCAGGCAGCGCUUGGAGGCAACGUGCCCAGAGAGCAGUUCACGGUGGUGAUGCUGACUUACGAGAGGGAGGAAGUGCUCAUGAACUCUUUAGAGAGACUGAACGGCCUCCCCUACCUAAACAAGGUGGUAGUGGUGUGGAAUUCCCCCAAGCUGCCCUCGGAGGACCUUCUGUGGCCUGACAUUGGAGUCCCCAUCAUGGUGGUCCGGACCGAGAAGAACAGUCUGAACAAUCGCUUCCUGCCCUGGAAUGAGAUUGAGACAGAGGCCAUCCUGUCCAUCGAUGAUGACGCCCACCUCCGCCAUGAUGAGAUCAUGUUUGGCUUUCGGGUGUGGAGAGAAGCGCGGGACCGCAUCGUAGGCUUCCCUGGCCGGUACCAUGCGUGGGACAUCCCUCACCAGUCCUGGCUCUACAACUCCAACUACUCCUGUGAGCUGUCCAUGGUGCUGACGGGUGCUGCCUUCUUUCACAAGGUUUUUACACCGGUUUCCACCUUUCCGAGACACCAGCAGGACUCAGCGCUGCUCCGUCUCUCGGAGAGGGCGACACUGGCACUCAGCAGAACUGCUCACUGCGGAAGAGCUGCGUGGCAAGGCACCUGGCAGCCCCGGCGCCAGCUUCCUACACGCGCGGUGCUUCUGUUACUGCCACAGCGGAACCCCAGCCCCGAGACCCAGGCCAUCCGAGACAUGGUGGACGAAUACAUCAACUGUGAGGACAUCGCCAUGAACUUCCUUGUCUCCCAUAUCACUCGGAAACCCCCUAUCAAGGUGACGUCCCGCUGGACUUUCCGAUGCCCGGGAUGCCCUCAGGCCCUGUCGCACGAUGACUCCCACUUCCACGAGCGGCACAAGUGCAUCAACUUCUUUGUCAAGGUGUACGGCUACAUGCCCCUGCUGUACACUCAGUUCAGGGUGGACUCCGUGCUGUUCAAGACGCGCCUGCCUCAUGACAAGACCAAGUGCUUCAAGUUCAUCUAGGGGUGCUGCGAGCGGGGCGUGGGCGGGCAGCGUGAGGGAGGUGGCUCCCGAGGUCCCAGGCACUGAAGGAGCUUGAGGACAUCUGCUGGGUGGGCGGCCCACACCUCUGCCAGGAGAGGCAGCAGGAAGAGUGGAGGGGAAAUAGCUGCCUUUAUCUUGAAGUCGGCCACACUGGGCCUGGAACCCGGGUCGGCAGAUCAGGGCUUCCACACGGCACUGACGGAUAGCGUACACUGAGGACCACGGGGGCUCGGAGAGUCACUUGUGAGUUCAGAAGCCCAGGACAGCUGGUUUGAGGUUUUUAAAAUUCUGUAACAACUAUUACUAUUUAAAAAGAAAGUUCCAGAUCCGCCAUUCAAGGCUUAUUUAUAUAAGUGUGUGUAUAUAUACAUAUAUGUGUGUAUAUACAUAUAUAUGCACACAUUCACAUACAUAUACAUAUAUAUAUACAUAUAUAUAUGAUGGGGGGAGUUGGAAGUCAUUGCCUCUCCCUCAAGGGAGGGACCCGCCAGGCCCCGCGGGUUCCGUGUCUCAGUGGAAGUGGGUCCUGGCCGGCAUGAGCUGGCCUGUGCUUUUCCUCUCCUUGCUCGCAGGGCGGCUGAGCCUAGAAACAGGAGAAGCAUAGACUUGGCCUCUUGAGGGGUCCACGGACAAGACAAGCCCUGCUGGUUUGUGCCUGUCCCUGUGGUUGUCCAUCUGUGACUUGGCUCCUCCCAUUGGUGGUCCUGGGAGGACCUGCACCUUGGUGAGCCGUGAGUGGCCUUCCACUGGACCUGGUGGUUUUGGAGAACUUCCUAGGCCGCACUGUCCCAGGACUUCACCCUGCUCCAUUCUCACCCUUGUUUGGGAGAGGAGACUAAGGAGGCAGAGAAGGAGGAAGAAGCAGGCCUGUCCUCCUGGUAAGAAACUAGGUUUGGCACUGGGCUUUCUGGCAGGUUUUUCUCCCUUCGAUGGGAGAGCAGAAGCUGCAGGCUGUGCUGCCACGUUGGCCCAGGGCUGUGCAGGCUGGGCGUGCAUCCGUGGAGGGUCCUGCCCGCUGGCCGGGAAGGCGUACGGCAGGGCACCUGCCUUGGGGAGCUUCCUUGGGGAAACUCACCUUCCCCUCACCUGUUACCUGUGGCUUUGGACCUCUCAUGCUAGGCCGCCUGCGGGACCCCUGGGGUUCGGAGUGUGCAAGGGCAGUGGGAGAAGGAGCAGUUUGGUCUUUUUUGUUUUUGCUUUUCUAACAGUGCUCUUUAUUUAAAAAAAAUUUUUUUAAUAAAUAUCAGAGAGAAUACAUACACAAAAUUCUCACAGGAGUAAAGAAAAACUCUCACCAGCUUCCUAGAAGGACUUUAUCAUUGGCCUGAUCCUCACAUCCUUAACUCGAAAGUCUAAAUGUGUGUUCCUGUAGCUAAUCAACAGCAGUGUCAGAGAAAUACUCAGACAAGAGCUGGAAAAGACAAUAAAAAGUGAGGCAUGUUCUAGAUAUAAUACGUUCUUCCUCAGUUACCAAGACGAUCAUCUGCUUAAAUACUGGAGUUGUAAGUGUACAAAAAUACACAAAAGAGCAUUGUAAAAAUAGGAGAGGAAUUCCUCUGCUAUUAAUAUUAAAUACAGCAAGAUCUAUAAAACACAGCCUCAGGGUCCGAGAUUUGGAACUGUGGCUUGUUCAGGCCAGUGUAGGAUGUUGCUUCGGGCCAUGACCCUGCAGAAGCUGACUGGUAAUACAAGUGCUGCACCACGCUGCUGAGAGGUCAGCACAAAUGACACUUUCGUGGAGGGGCCGUAAGUUCACUGUUCCUUGCGCUUGGGUUGGGCCUGGUGCUGGUUUCCCUUCACGGCUGAGACCCCGCCCUCAUCUCCUCAGCCUUCGAGCACUGGUGUUCUAGACGCUCAACCAGGUCUUUCAGUUUUACUUUCAACUUCAGUCCUGAUUUCACCAUUUUGAUUUCGAUUUUCAUUGACUUUCGGCUGUCAGUUUCACUAACAGCACCACCACCCUUUGAAAAGGAUGCCAGGAAUUUGCAGGCAUUUGCACCCACAUUGCUAUUUUCCUCCACAGGUUUAAAUUUCUAUUCCCUGGGCUGGAAGUAAACUAAGCUCAUUUUGGUCACGGUGGCGUAGGGAAAUGGAAGGUUAUCACUUGUCAGAGAUUUGGCCCUUAACUUGUUUUUCCGAGCCCCACUUUCUUGAGUGAGUUGAGAAGUUUUCCAGAAACGGAACAAAAGCUCAGGUCUGUCCUGGUCAUGCAUAUGCCUUAAGCCCGCCCUGUCUUUCCUGGAUCUUGACAUCCUGUGCUGCUUUUCCUGGGGUGCACACUGCUCUCCUGUCUGUCUGAAUGGGUUCUUUCCUGGGGUUCCCCACUGCCUGGUGGGCCCAGGGACCUCCGCUCGCCGGCAGGUGGUGCCAGGCUGCUCCCCGGGAACCUGAGUCACGCUUUCCUGUGACUAGCAGAGGGUCUGGGCGCCCUGCUAACUGCCCUUUCCUGACUUCUGACUUGAUUCUUUUUAGCAGUAGCCUCCUUCCUUUAGGAGAGCCAAAGAGUGUGGUGUUUUGAGCUGUAUCCGUGGCUGCUAUUUUAUUGUUUCUUUUAACGUGAAGAACUUGGACGCUGACGCAGGGAGCCCAUUCUCUGGGGCCAGGUCAGGAGGUUGUGAGUGUCUGUCACUCAGUGGAUGCCAUCAUUGUGCGCUGCAGGGCAGCUGUGACAUCAGAGCGACAGACAUGGAUGGCACGGUUGGGACCUGCCAGGACAGUAGCUUAAAGGAUGUCACAUGCAGGCCGUAGUGGACACUGACCAUGACCUUAAGGACUGGCCUGGGCACAUGAGGUGGAACAGGACACCCCAUGUGGCCUCACAGGUGCUUCUGGGAAUGACAGCUGCCAUGCUAGCAGGUGGACGGGGACACCCAGCAGGGACGUGGACACUGGAGAGCAGCCCUCCCGGCCCCAGUCCCCUUGGCUAUCCACGGGUCAGUCUGUCACCUGGCCUCAGCUUCCCCUUGAGGGCAGCCACCUGGGGUGCUCACUGGGCUGUGCUGGGCUGUUGCACCCCCACGCUGGUCUGUGUGGUGUGGGCCGCGUCUCUUCGGGGCUCCUGUGUCCUGUUCAUCCAGGGCGGCACGCGUUGGCCCUGAGCUGCCCGGCUUGAGGCGCUCCUUGUAAGGGAGCUCUUUGCUGUCAUGCCAUGUCCCAUGUCCAUCACCCCACCCUCAACCAUGAGCACAAUGGUCCUACGUUGGAUUUUUGUAAAAAAAAAAAAAAAGUAAAUUAAAAAAAAAAUAAAUGGAGACUUUAACU